AUGACCAAAACUUAUGGCUUGAGGAGUUCUAAGAGAGUGACAGAGCAGCUCUGGUGCAAGAGUUAUUCAUCCUUGUCUUCUCUUGGAAAUAUCAUAAAAAUCAGUCUUGCAGUCCACACGCCAAUGUAUUAUUUCCUCAGCAACCUGAGCUUCUUGGACAUUUGCUACACAUCUGUCACCAUGCCAGUCAUGUUGGGGAACUUCUUCCGGGAGAAGAAGACCAUCUCCUACCAAGGCUGCCUUUCCCAGAUCUUUUCCUUUGUGACAUGCGCUGGUGCUGAGGGUGUCUUAUUGGCUGUGAUGGCUUAUGAUCGCUAUGUGGCCAUUUGCCGCCCUCUUCAAUAUCCAGUGCUCAUGAGUGUGAAGGUCUGUGUUUGCCUGGUGACUGGGUCCUGGCUAUGUGGGCUGGUGAAUUCUGCGACACACACAGUGCUGGCAGCCACACUCACUCUGUGUGGGCCCAACGAGAUCAGCCACUUUCUCUGUGACAUCCCAUUGCUCCUGAAGCUGUCCUGCUCAGACACUUCUGUCAAUGAGUCUGUGCUCCAUGUGGCCAGUGCCACCAUUGGCCUGAGCCCCUGCCUGUUUACUGCCGGGUCCUACAUACUCAUCAUCUCAGCCAUUGUUAGGAUCCCUUCUGCUCAAGGCAGGAGCAAGGCCUUCUCCACCUGCGCAUCCCACCUGACCGUGGUGGUGGUCUACUUUGGAACAGCCAACUUCAACUAUGUCAGGCCCAGUGAAGGCUCCUCUUUGGACAUGGACAUCCUGGUCUCUGUUCUCUUCUGUGUGGUGACCCCCAUGUUGAACCCCAUCAUUUACAGCCUGAGAAACAAGGAGGUCAAGGGUGCCCUGAAGAAACUGAUUAGAAAUUAUGGAUUCUCUAGUGAGAUCAGCAGCUAG